GUUGUCACGGUUGUCACUGUUGUCACAGGUGUCACCGUUGUCACUGUUGUCAUGGUUGUCACUGUCAUCACAGUAGUCACUUUUUUCACCGUUUUAACCGUUGUCAAUGUUGUCAUGGUUGCCACUGUUGUCACAGUUGUCACUGUUUUCACAGUUGUCACUGUUCUCACGGUUGUCACAGUUGUCACUGUUGUGACAGGUGUCACCGUUGUCACUGUUGUCAUGGUUGUCACUCUUGUCACGGUUGUCACUGUUGUCACAGUUGUCACUGUUCUCACGGUUCUUACUGUUGUCACGGUUGUCACUAUUGUCACAGGUGUCACCGUUGUCACUGUUGUUUUGGUUUUCAGUGUUGUCACAGUUGUCACUGUUGUCACGAUUGUCACUGUUGUCACCGUUCUCACCGUUGUCACUGUUGUCAUGGUUGUCACUGUUUUCACGGUUGUCACCGUUGUCACAGUUGUCACUGUUGUCACGCUUGUCACAGUUGUCACUAUUGUCACAGGUGUCACCAUUGUUACUGUUGUCAUGGUUGUCACUGUUGUCGCAGUUGUCAUUGUUGUCACAGUUGUCACUGUUGUCACGGUUCUUACUGUUGCCACAGUUGUCACAGUUGUCACUGUUGUCACAGGUGUCACGGUUGUCACUGUUGUUAUGGUUGUCACUGUUGUCACUGUUGUCACCGUUGUCACCGUUGUCACUGUUGUCUUGGUUGUUCCUGUUGUCACAGGUAUUACUGUUGUCACUGUUAUCAUACUUGUCACUUUUGUCACGGUUCUCUGUGUUGUCACUGUUGUCACCGUUUUUACUUUUGUAACUAUUGUCACAGGUGUCACUGUUGUCGCACUUGUCACAGUUGUUACCGUUGUCACUGUUGUCACUGAUGUCAUGGUUGUCACGGUUUUCACAGUUCUCGCUGUUGUCACAGUUUUCAUUGUUGUCUUUGUUGCCAUGUUUGUCACUGUUGUCACGGUUGUCACUGUUCUCGCGGUUUUUACUGUUGUCACAGGUGUCACCGUUAUCACUGUUGUUAUAGUUUUCACUGUUGUCAUGGUUGUCACUUUUGGCUCGGUCGUUACCGUUGUCACAGUUGUCACAGUUGUGAUUGUUGUCACGGUUCUCACUGUUGUCACAGUUCUCACAGUUGACACUAAUGUCAUGGUUGUCACCCUUGUCAAUGUCGUCACUGUUUUAACUGCUAUCGUUGUUGUCAUGGUUGUCACCAUUGUCACUGUUGUCAUGUUUGUCACUGUUGUCACAGUUCUCACUGUUGUUACGGUUGUCACUGUUGUCACUGUUCUUACUGAUGUGACAGGUGUCACUUUUGUUACUAUUAUCAGUGUUGUCACCGUUGUCACAGUUAUUGUUGUCUCUGUUAUCAUACUUGUCACUUUUGUCACGGUUCUUUGUGUUGUUACUCUUGCCACCGUUUUCACUGUUGUUACAGUUGUCACUGUUGUCGCACUUUUCACAGUUGUCACCGUUGUCACUGUUGUCACUGAUGUCAUGGUUGUCAUUGUUGUUACUGUUGUCACGGUUCUUACUGUUGCCACAGUUGUCACGGUUGUCAUUAGUGAACUUACGUAACAGGACGGGAGAGGAAAGAAGACGGCAAACCUUGUGUGACAACCGUGACAACAAUUUUGUUUGAAAUAACUUUUCGCCAAACAUCACGUUCUUUUAAACAGAUCUUUUUGUAAAAAAAAGAAAACAUUAAUGCUAACUGAAGAUCACUACAUAACAUGCAAGUAAUAACCCUUUCACGUUUGUCACACACAAACAUUUUGCCGUCCUCUUCUUCCUGCCGUCCUGUUGCGUAAGCUCACUAUUGUUGUCACAGGUCUCACCGUUGUCAUUGCUGUCAUGAUUUUCACUGUUGUCACAGUUGUCAUCGUUGUCAUGGUUGUUACAGUUUUCACUGUUGUCACCGUUGUUACUGUUGUCAUGGUUCUCACUGUUAUCACAGUUGUCACUUUUGUCACAGUUGUCACCGUUGUCAAUGUUGUCAUGGUUGUCACUGUUGUCACGGUUGUCACUGUUAUCACAGGAGUCACCGUUGUCACUGUUGUCAUGGUUCUCACUGUUAUCACAGUUGUUACUUUUGUCACUGUUCUGACAGGUGUCACCGUUGUCACUGUUGUCAUGGUUGUCACUGUUGUCACGGUUGUCACUAUAGUCACAGUUGUCACUGUUGUCACGGUUCUUACUGUUGUCACGGUUGUCACUGUUGUCACAGGUGUCACCGUUGUCAAUGUUGUCAUGGUUGCCACUGUUGUCACAGUUGUCACUGUUGUCACAGUUGUCACAGUUGUCACUGUUGUGACAGGUGUCACCGUUGUCAUGGUUGUCACUGUUGUGACCGUUCUCACUGUUUUUACUGUUGCUACAGUUGUCACGGUUGUCACUGUUGUCACAGGUGUCACCGUUGUCACUGUUGUAAUGGUUUUCAGUGUUGUCACAGUUGUCUCUUGUCACGAUUGUCACAGUUGUCACUGUUGUCACCAUUGUCACUGUUGUCAUAGUUGUUACUGCUGUCACGGUGGUCACCGUUGUGACAGUUGUCACUGUUGUCACGGUUGUCACAGUUGUCACUGUUGUAACAGGUGUCACCGUUGUCACUGUUGUCAUGGUUGUCACUGUUUUCACAGUUGUCACUGUUGUCACGGUUUUUACAGUUGUCACUGUUGUGACAGGUGUCACCGUUGUCACUUUUGUCAUGGUUGUCACUCUUGUCACAGUUGUCACUGUUUUCACGGUUCUUACUGUUGCCAAAGUUAUUACGGUUGUCACUAUUGUCACAGGUGUCACCGUUGUCGUGGUUGUCACUGUUAUCACAGCUGUCGCUUUUGUCACAGUUGUCACCGUGGUCAAUGUUCUAAUGGUUGCCGCUGUUGUCACGGUUGUCACUGUUUUCACAGUUGUCACUGUUUUCACGGUUAUCACAGUUGUCACUGUCGUGACAGGUGUCGCCGUUGUCACUGUGUUCAUGGUUGUCACUGUUGUCACAGUUUUCACUGUUGUCACGGUUCUUACUGUUGUCACAGUUGUCACUGUUAUUACAGGUGUCACCGUUGUCAUGGUUGUCAGUGUUGUCACAGUUGUCACUGUUGUCACAAUUGUCACAGUUGUGACAGUUGUCACCGUUGUCACCAUUGUCACCGUUGUCAUGGUUGUCACUGUUGUCACCGUUGUCACUGUUGUCACGGUUGUCACAGUUGUCACAGUUGUCACUAUUGUCACAGGUGUCACCAUUGUCACUGUUGUCAUGUUUGUCAUUGUUGUCGCGGUUGUCACUGUUGUCACAGUUUUCACUGUUGUCACGGUUCUUCCUUUUGCCACAGUUUUCACGGUUGUCACUGUUGUCACAGGUGUCACUGUCGUCACUGUUGUCACUGUUCUCACGGUUGUCACAGUUGUCACCGUUGUCACUGUUGUCUAGGUUGUCCCUGUUGUCACAGUUGUCACUGUUGUCACUGUUAUUAUACUUGUCACUUUUGUCACUGUUCUGUGUUGUCACUGUUGUCACCGUUUUCACUGUUGUAAGUAUUGUCACAGUUGUCACUGUUGUCGCACUUGUCACAGUUGUCACCGUUGUCACUGUUGUCACUCAUGUCAUGGUUGUCACUGUUUUCACCGUUGUCGCUGUUGUUACAGUUUUCACUGUUGUCACUGUUGCCAUGUUUGUCACUGUUGUCACGGUUGUCACGUUUGUCACUAUUGUCACUGUUGUCAUGGUUCCUACUGUUGCCACAGUUGUCACGGUUGUCACUGUUGUCACAGGUGUCACUGUUGUCACUUUUGUCAUGGUUGUCACUGUUGUCACAGAUGUCACUGUUGUCACGGUUGUCAUAGUUGUCACUGUUGUCACUGUUGUCGCUUUUCUCACUUUUGUCACAGUUCUCACUGUUGUCAUGGUUGUCACUUUUGGCUCGGUCGUCACCGUUGUCACAGUUGUGACUGUUGUCACGGUUCUCACUGUUGUCACAGUUCUCACAGUUGACAGUGAUGUCAUGGUUGUCACCCUUGUUAAUGUCGUCACUGUUUUAACUGUUAUCGUUGUUGUCAUUGUUGUCACGGUUGUCACUGUUGUCAUGUUUGGCAUUUUUGUCCCAGUUGUCACUGUUGUUACUGUUGUCACUGUUGUCACUGUUACUGAUGUGACAGUUCUCACUUUUGUUACCAUUAUCAGUGUUGUCACCGUUUUCACUGUUGUCACUGUUAUCAUACUUGUCACUUUUGUUACGGUUGUCUGUGUUGUCAUUGUUGCCACCGUUUUCACUGUUGUCAUAGUUGUCACAGUUGUCGCACUUGUCACAGUUGUCACCGUUGUCACUGUUGUCACUGAUGUCAUGGUUGUCACUGUUGUCACGGUUCUUACUGUUGCCACAGUUGUCAUGGUUGUCAUUGUUGUCACAGGUGUUACCGUUGUCACUGUUGCCACAGUUGUCAUGGUUGUCAUUGUUGUCACAGUUGUCACCGUUGUCACCGUUGUCACUGUUGUCAUGGUUUUCACUGUUGUCACGGCUCUUACUGUUGUCAGGGUUGUCACUGUUAUCACAGGUGUCACCGUUGUCAGUGUUGUCAUGGUUGUCGGUCUAUUCACAGUUGUCAUGAUUGUCACAGUUGUCACCGUUGUCACCGUUGUCACUGUUGUCAUGGUUUUCACAGUUGUCACGGUUGUCACCGUUGUCACUGUUGUCACGGUUGUCACAGUUGUUACUAUUGUCACAGGUGUCACCGUUGUCAUGGUUGUCACUGUUGUCGCAGUUGUCACUUUUUCACAGUUGUCACUGUUGUCACGAUUCUUACUGGUGCCACAGUUGUCACGGUUGUCACUGUUGUCACAGGUGUCACUUUCGUCACUGUUGUCACUGUUGUCACGGUUGUCAAAGUUGUCACCGUUGUCACCGUUUUCACUGUUGUCUUGGUUGUCCCUGUUGUCACUGUUGUCACUGUUGUCACUGUUAUCAUACUUGUCACUUUUGUUACGGUUCUCUGUGUUGUCACUGUUGUUACCAUUUUCACUGUUGGAACUUUUGUCACAGUGGUCACUGUUGUCGCACUUGUCACAGUUGUCACCGUUGUCACUGUUGUCACUGAUGUUAUGGUUGUCACUGUUGUCACCGUUGUCGCUUUUGUCACAGUUUUCACUGUUGUCACUGUUGCCAUGUUUGUCACUGUUGUCACAGUUGUCACUGUUGUCACAGUUCCUACUGUCGCCACAGUUGUCACGGUUGUCACUGUUGUCACAGGUGUCACCGUUGUCACUGUUGUCAUGGUUGUCAUAGUUGUCACUGUUUUCACUGUUGUCACUCUUGUCGCUUUUCUCACUGUUGUCACAGUUCUCACUGUUGUCAUGGUUGUCACUUUUGGCUCGGUCGUCACCGUUGUCACAGUUGUUACAGUUGUGACUGUUUUCAUGGUUCUCACUGUUGUCACAGUUCUCACAGUUGACACUGAUGUCAUGGUUGUCACCUUUGUCAAUGUCGUCACUGUUUUAACCGUUAUUGUUGUUUUCAUAGCUGUCACGGUUGUCACUGUUGUCAUAUUUGUCACUGUUGUCACAGUUGUCACUGUUGUUACUGUUGUCACUGUUGUCACUUUUGUUACUGAUGUGACAGGUGUCACUUUCUUUACCAUUAUCAGUGUUGUGACCGUUGUCAUUGUUGCCACCGUUUUCACUGUUUUAUAGUUGUCACUGUUGUCGCACUUGCCACAGUUGUCACCGUUGUCACUGAUGUCAUGGUUGUCACUGUUGUCACUGUUGUCACGGUUCUUACUGUUGCCACAGUUGUCACGGUUGUCAUUGUUGUCACAGGUGUCACCGUUGUGACUGUUGUCAUGGUUGUCACUGUUGUCACAGUUGUCACUGUUGUCACGGUUGUUACAGUUGUCACUGCUGUCACUGUUGUCAUUGUUGUCACUGUUGUCACGGUUGUCACUGUUGUCACAGUUGUCACUGUUGUCACAGUUCUUACUGUUGCCACAGUUGUCACGGUUGUCAAGGUUGUCACCGCUGUCACCGUUGUCACUGUUGUCAUGGUUCUCACUGUUGUCACAGUUGUCACGGCUGUCACAGUUGUUACUGUAUUCACAGGCGUCACCGUUGUCACUGUUGUCAUGGUUGUCACUGUUAUUACAGUUGUCACUGUUGUCACAGUUGUCACUCUUGUCACCGUUGUUACUGUUGUCAUGGUUGUCACUGUUGUCACUGUUGUCACCGUUCUUACUGUUGCCACAGUUGUCACGGUUGUCACUGUUGUCACAGGUGUCACCGCUGUUACUGUUGUCAUGGUUGUCACUGUUAUCACAGUUGUCACUUUUGUCACCGUUGUCACCGUUGUCACCGUUGUCAAUGUUGUCAUGGUUCCCACUGUUGUCACGGUUGUCACAGUUGUCACUUUUGUGACAGGUGUCACCGUUGUCACUGCUGUCAUGGUUGUCACUGUUGUCACAGUUGUCACUGUUGUCACGGUUUGUACUGUUGCUACAGUUGUCACGGUUGUCACUGUUGUCACAGGUGUCACCGUUGUCACUGUUGUCAUGGUUGUCAGUGUUGUCACUGUAGUCACGAUUGUCACCGUUGUCACAGUUGUCACCAUUGUCACCGUUGUGACUGUUGUCAUAGUUGUUACUAUUGUCACGGUGGUCACUGUUGUCACAGUUGUCACUAUUGUCACCGUUGUCACAGUUGUCACUGUUGUCACAGGUGUCACCGUUGUCACUGUUGUCAUGGUUGUCACUGUUGUCACUGUUGUCACGGUUGUCACAGUUUUCACGGUUCUUACUGUUGCAACAGUUGUCACUGUUGUCACAGGUGUCACCGUUGUCAUGUCACCGUUGCCACUGUUGUCAUGGUUGUCACUGUUAUCACAGUUAUCACUGUUGUGGCAGGUGUCAGCAUUGUCACUUUUGUCAUGGUUGUCACUGUUUUCACGGUUGUCACUGUUGUCACGGUUCUUACUGUUGCCACAGUUCUUACAGUCGUCACUGUUGUCACUGGUGUCACCGUUGUCACUGUUCUCAUGGUUGUCACAGUUCUCACUGUUGUCACGAUUGUCACAGUUGUCACCGUUGUCACUGUUGUCAUGGUUGUCACUGUUGUCACGGUUGUCACUGUUGUCACAGUUGUCACGGUUGUCACAGUUGUCACUGUUGUCACUAUUGUCACUGUUGUUAUUUUUGUCACUGUUAUCACAGUUGUCACUGUUGUCACAGUUGUCACUGUUGCCACCGUUGUCACCGUUCUUACUGUUGUCAUGGUUCUCACUGUUAUCACAGUUGUCACUUUUGUCACAAUUGUCACCGUUGUCAGUGUUGUCAUGGUUGCCACUGUUGUCACGGUUGUCACCGGUGUCACCUUUGUCACUCUUGUCAUGGUUCUAUCUGUUGUCACGGUUGUCACAGUUGUUACUGUUGUCACAGGUGUCACCGUUGUCACUGUUGUCAUGGUUGUUACUUUUAUCACAGUUGUCACUGUUGUCACUGUUGUCACCGUUGUCAUCGUUGUUGCUGUUAUGGUUCUCACUGUUAUCACAGUUGUCACUUUUCUCACAGUUGUCACCGUUGUCACCAUUGUCAAUGUUGUGAUGGUUACCACUUUUGUCACACGUGUCACUGUUGUCACAGUUGUCACUGUUGUCACGAUUUUCACAGUUGUUACUGUUGUGACAGGUGUCACCGUUGUCACUGCUGUCAUGGUUGUCACUGUUGUCACUCUUGUCGCAGUUGUCACUGUUGUCACAGUUCUUACUGUUGCCACAGUUGUCCCGGUUGUCACUGUUUUCACAGGUGUCACUGUACUCACUGUUGUCAUGGUUGUCAGUGUUGUCACAGUUGUCACUGUUGUCACGAUUCUCACAUUUUUCACUGUUGUCACUGUUGUCAUAGUUGUUACUGUUGUCACAGUGGUCACUGUUGUCACAGUUCUCACGGUUGUCACAGUUGUCACCAUUGUCAAUGUUGUCAUGGUUGCCACUGUUUUUACGGUUUUCACUGUUCUCACAGUUGUCACUGAUGUGACAGGUGUCACCGUUGUCACUUUUGUCAUGGUUGUUACUGUUGUCACGGUUGUCACCGUUGUCACAGUUGUCACUGUUGUUAUGGUUCUUACUGUUGCCACAGUUGUUACGGUUGUCACUGUUGUCACAGGUGUCACCGUUGUCACUGUUGUCAUGGUUGUCACUGUUAUCACAGUUGUCAUUUUUGUCACAGUUGUCACCAUUGUCAAUGUUGUCAUGGUUGCCACUGUUGUCACGCUUGUCACUGUUUUCACAGUUCUCACUGUUUUCACGGUUGUCACUGUUGUGACAGGUGUCACCGUUGUUACUGUUUUCAUGGUUGUCACUGUUGUCACGGUUGUGACCAUUGUCACUGUUGUCACUGAUGUCAUGGUUGUCAGUAUUGUCACCGUUGUCACUUUUGCCAUGUUUGUCCCUGUUUUCACGGUUGUCACUGUUGUCACCGUUGUGACUUUUGCCACAGUUGUCACGGUUGUCACUGUUGUCACAGGUGUCACUGUUGUCAUGGUUGUCACUGUUGUUACAGAUGUCACUGUUGUCACAGUUUUCACCGUUGUCACUGUCGUUACUCUUGUUGCUUUUCUCACUGUUGUCACAAUUUACACUGUUCUCAUGGUUGUCACUUUUGGCUCGGUCGUCACCGUUGUCACAGUUGUGACUGUUGUCAUGGUUCUCACUGUUGUUACAAUUCUCACAGUUGACACUGAUGUCAUGGUUGUCACCCUUUUCAAUGUCGUCACUGUUUUAACCGUUAUAGUUGUUUUCAUGGGUGUCACGGUUCUUACUGUUGUCAUGUUUGUUGUUGUUGUCACAGUUGUCACUGUUGUCAUGGAUCUCACUAUUAUCACAGUUGUCACUUUUUUCACAGUUGUCACCGUUUUCACCGUGGUCAAUGUUGUCAUAGUUGCCACUGUUGUCACGGUUGUCACUGUUUUCAUAGUUGUCACUGUUCUCACGGCUGUCAAAGUUGUCACUGUUGUGACAGAUAUCACCGUUGUCACUGUUGUCAUAGUUGUCACUGUGUUCACAGUUGUCACUGUUGUCACAGUUGUCACUUUUGUUACGGUUCUUACUGUUGCCACAGUUGUCACGGUUGUCACUGUUGUCACAGGUGUCACUGUUGUCACUGUUGUCAUGGUUGUCACUGUCAUCACAGUUGUCACUUUUGUCACAGUUUUAACCGUUGUCAAUGUUGUCAUGGUUGCCACUGUUGUCACGGUUGUUACUGUUUUCACAGUUGUCACUGUUGUCACGGUUCUCACAGUUGUCACUGUUGUGACAGGUGUCACCGUUGUCACUGUUGUCAUGGUUGAAGUUCUUGUCACGGUUGUCACUGUUGUCACAGUUGUCACUGUUGUCUCGGUUCUUACUGUUGUCACGGUUGUCACUGUUGUCACAGGUGUCACCGUUGUCACUGUUGUUUUGGUUUUCAGUGUUGUCACAGUUCUCACUGUUGUCACGAUUGUCACUGUUGUCACGAUUGUCACUUUUGUCACCGUUGUCACAGUUGUCACUGUUGUCACGGUUCUUACUGUUGCCACAGUUGUCAUGGUUUUCACUGUUGUUACUGUUUUCACAGUUGUCACUGUUGUCACGAUUCUCACAUUUUUCACCGUUGUCACUGUUGUCAUAGUUGUUACUGUUGUCACGGUGGUCACUGUUGUCACAGUUCUCACGGUUGUCACAGUUGUCACUAUUAUCAAUGUUGUCAUGGUUGCCACUGUUGUCACGGUUUUCACUGUUUUCACAGUUGUCACUGUUGUCACGGUUGUCACAGUUGUCACUGUUGUGACAGGUGUCACCGUUGUCACUUUUGUCAUGGUUGUUACUGUUGUCACGGUUGUCACUGUUGUCACAGUUGUCACUGUUGUUAUGGUUCUUACUGUUGCCACAGUUGUUACGGUUGUCACUGUUGUCACAGGUGUCACCGUUGUCACUGUUGUCAUGGUUGUCACUGUUAUCACAGUUGUCAUUUUUGUCACAGUUGUCACCGUUGUCAAUGUUGUCAUGGUUGCCACUGCUGUCACGCUUGUCACUCUUUUCACAGUUCUCACUGUUUUCACGGUUGUCACUGUUGUGACAGGUGUCACCGUUGUUACUCUUUUCAUGGUUGUCACUGUUGUCACGGUUGUGACCGUUGUCACUGUUGUCAUUGAUGUCAUGGUUGUCAGUAUUGUCACCGUUGUCUCUGUUGUCACAGUUUUCACUGUUGUCACUGUUGCCAUGUUUGUCCCUGUUUUCACGGUUGUCACCGUUGUCACCGUUGUGACUUUUGCCACAGUUGUCACGGUUGUUACUGUUGUCACAGGUGUCACUGUUGUCACUGUUGUCAUGGUUGUCACUGUUGUCACUGUUUUCACAGUUGUCACCGUUGUCACUGUUGUUCCUCUUGUUGCUUUUCUCACUGUUGUCACAGUUUACACUGUUCUCAUGGUUGUCACUUUUGGCUCGGUCGUCACCGUUGUCACAGUUGUGACUGUUGUCACGGUUCUCACUGUUGUUACAAUUCUCACAGUUGACACUGAUGUCAUGGUUGUCACCCUUGUCAAUGUCGUCUCUGUUUUAACCGUUAUAGUUGUUUUCAUGGCUGUCACGGUUCUCACUGUUGUCAUGUUUGUUGUUGUUGUCACAGUUGUCACUGUUGUCAUGGAUCUCACUAUUAUCACAGUUUUCUCUUUUUUCACAAAUGUCACCGUUUUCACCGUGGUCAAUGUUGUCAUAGUUGCCACUGUUGUCACGGUUGUCACUGUUUUCAUAGUUGUAACUGUUGUUACGGCUGUCAAAGUUGUUACUGUUGUGACAGGUGUCACCGUUGUCACUGUUGUGAUCGUUGUCACUCUGUUCACAGUUGUCACUUUUGUUACGGUUCUUACUUUUGCCACAGUUGUCACGGUUGUCACUGUUGUCACAGGUGUCACCGUUGUCACUGUUGUCAUGGUUGUCACUGUCAUCACAGUAGUCACUUUUUUCACCGUUUUAACCGUUGUCAAUGUUGUCAUGGUUGCCACUGUUGUCACAGUUGUCACUGUUUUCACAGUUGUCACUGUUCUCACGGUUGUCACAGUUGUCACUGUUGUGACAGGUGUCACCGUUGUCACUGUUGUCAUGGUUGUCACUCUUGUCACGGUUGUCACUGUUGUCACAGUUGUCACUGUUCUCACGGUUCUUACUGUUGUCACGGUUGUCACUAUUGUCACAGGUGUCACCGUUGUCACUGUUGUUUUGGUUUUCAGUGUUGUCACAGUUGUCACUGUUGUCACGAUUGUCACUGUUGUCACCGUUCUCACCGUUGUCACUGUUGUCAUGGUUGUCACUGUUUUCACGGUUGUCACCGUUGUCACAGUUGUCACUGUUGUCACGCUUGUCACAGUUGUCACUAUUGUCACAGGUGUCACCAUUGUUACUGUUGUCAUGGUUGUCACUGUUGUCGCAGUUGUCAUUGUUGUCACAGUUGUCACUGUUGUCACGGUUCUUACUGUUGCCACAGUUGUCACAGUUGUCACUGUUGUCACAGGUGUCACGGUUGUCACUGUUGUUAUGGUUGUCACUGUUGUCACUGUUGUCACCGUUGUCACCGUUGUCACUGUUGUCUUGGUUGUUCCUGUUGUCACAGGUAUUACUGUUGUCACUGUUAUCAUACUUGUCACUUUUGUCACGGUUCUCUGUGUUGUCACUGUUGUCACCGUUUUUACUUUUGUAACUAUUGUCACAGGUGUCACUGUUGUCGCACUUGUCACAGUUGUUACCGUUGUCACUGUUGUCACUGAUGUCAUGGUUGUCACGGUUUUCACAGUUCUCGCUGUUGUCACAGUUUUCAUUGUUGUCUUUGUUGCCAUGUUUGUCACUGUUGUCACGGUUGUCACUGUUCUCGCGGUUUUUACUGUUGUCACAGGUGUCACCGUUAUCACUGUUGUUAUAGUUUUCACUGUUGUCAUGGUUGUCACUUUUGGCUCGGUCGUUACCGUUGUCACAGUUGUCACAGUUGUGAUUGUUGUCACGGUUCUCACUGUUGUCACAGUUCUCACAGUUGACACUAAUGUCAUGGUUGUCACCCUUGUCAAUGUCGUCACUGUUUUAACUGCUAUCGUUGUUGUCAUGGUUGUCACCAUUGUCACUGUUGUCAUGUUUGUCACUGUUGUCACAGUUCUCACUGUUGUUACGGUUGUCACUGUUGUCACUGUUCUUACUGAUGUGACAGGUGUCACUUUUGUUACUAUUAUCAGUGUUGUCACCGUUGUCACAGUUAUUGUUGUCUCUGUUAUCAUACUUGUCACUUUUGUCACGGUUCUUUGUGUUGUUACUCUUGCCACCGUUUUCACUGUUGUUACAGUUGUCACUGUUGUCGCACUUUUCACAGUUGUCACCGUUGUCACUGUUGUCACUGAUGUCAUGGUUGUCAUUGUUGUUACUGUUGUCACGGUUCUUACUGUUGCCACAGUUGUCACGGUUGUCAUUAGUGAACUUACGUAACAGGACGGGAGAGGAAAGAAGACGGCAAACCUUGUGUGACAACCGUGACAACAAUUUUGUUUGAAAUAACUUUUCGCCAAACAUCACGUUCUUUUAAACAGAUCUUUUUGUAAAAAAAAGAAAACAUUAAUGCUAACUGAAGAUCACUACAUAACAUGCAAGUAAUAACCCUUUCACGUUUGUCACACACAAACAUUUUGCCGUCCUCUUCUUCCUGCCGUCCUGUUGCGUAAGCUCACUAUUGUUGUCACAGGUCUCACCGUUGUCAUUGCUGUCAUGAUUUUCACUGUUGUCACAGUUGUCAUCGUUGUCAUGGUUGUUACAGUUUUCACUGUUGUCACCGUUGUUACUGUUGUCAUGGUUCUCACUGUUAUCACAGUUGUCACUUUUGUCACAGUUGUCACCGUUGUCAAUGUUGUCAUGGUUGUCACUGUUGUCACGGUUGUCACUGUUAUCACAGGAGUCACCGUUGUCACUGUUGUCAUGGUUCUCACUGUUAUCACAGUUGUUACUUUUGUCACUGUUCUGACAGGUGUCACCGUUGUCACUGUUGUCAUGGUUGUCACUGUUGUCACGGUUGUCACUAUAGUCACAGUUGUCACUGUUGUCACGGUUCUUACUGUUGUCACGGUUGUCACUGUUGUCACAGGUGUCACCGUUGUCAAUGUUGUCAUGGUUGCCACUGUUGUCACAGUUGUCACUGUUGUCACAGUUGUCACAGUUGUCACUGUUGUGACAGGUGUCACCGUUGUCAUGGUUGUCACUGUUGUGACCGUUCUCACUGUUUUUACUGUUGCUACAGUUGUCACGGUUGUCACUGUUGUCACAGGUGUCACCGUUGUCACUGUUGUAAUGGUUUUCAGUGUUGUCACAGUUGUCUCUUGUCACGAUUGUCACAGUUGUCACUGUUGUCACCAUUGUCACUGUUGUCAUAGUUGUUACUGCUGUCACGGUGGUCACCGUUGUGACAGUUGUCACUGUUGUCACGGUUGUCACAGUUGUCACUGUUGUAACAGGUGUCACCGUUGUCACUGUUGUCAUGGUUGUCACUGUUUUCACAGUUGUCACUGUUGUCACGGUUUUUACAGUUGUCACUGUUGUGACAGGUGUCACCGUUGUCACUUUUGUCAUGGUUGUCACUCUUGUCACAGUUGUCACUGUUUUCACGGUUCUUACUGUUGCCAAAGUUAUUACGGUUGUCACUAUUGUCACAGGUGUCACCGUUGUCGUGGUUGUCACUGUUAUCACAGCUGUCGCUUUUGUCACAGUUGUCACCGUGGUCAAUGUUCUAAUGGUUGCCGCUGUUGUCACGGUUGUCACUGUUUUCACAGUUGUCACUGUUUUCACGGUUAUCACAGUUGUCACUGUCGUGACAGGUGUCGCCGUUGUCACUGUGUUCAUGGUUGUCACUGUUGUCACAGUUUUCACUGUUGUCACGGUUCUUACUGUUGUCACAGUUGUCACUGUUAUUACAGGUGUCACCGUUGUCAUGGUUGUCAGUGUUGUCACAGUUGUCACUGUUGUCACAAUUGUCACAGUUGUGACAGUUGUCACCGUUGUCACCAUUGUCACCGUUGUCAUGGUUGUCACUGUUGUCACCGUUGUCACUGUUGUCACGGUUGUCACAGUUGUCACAGUUGUCACUAUUGUCACAGGUGUCACCAUUGUCACUGUUGUCAUGUUUGUCAUUGUUGUCGCGGUUGUCACUGUUGUCACAGUUUUCACUGUUGUCACGGUUCUUCCUUUUGCCACAGUUUUCACGGUUGUCACUGUUGUCACAGGUGUCACUGUCGUCACUGUUGUCACUGUUCUCACGGUUGUCACAGUUGUCACCGUUGUCACUGUUGUCUAGGUUGUCCCUGUUGUCACAGUUGUCACUGUUGUCACUGUUAUUAUACUUGUCACUUUUGUCACUGUUCUGUGUUGUCACUGUUGUCACCGUUUUCACUGUUGUAAGUAUUGUCACAGUUGUCACUGUUGUCGCACUUGUCACAGUUGUCACCGUUGUCACUGUUGUCACUCAUGUCAUGGUUGUCACUGUUUUCACCGUUGUCGCUGUUGUUACAGUUUUCACUGUUGUCACUGUUGCCAUGUUUGUCACUGUUGUCACGGUUGUCACGUUUGUCACUAUUGUCACUGUUGUCAUGGUUCCUACUGUUGCCACAGUUGUCACGGUUGUCACUGUUGUCACAGGUGUCACUGUUGUCACUUUUGUCAUGGUUGUCACUGUUGUCACAGAUGUCACUGUUGUCACGGUUGUCAUAGUUGUCACUGUUGUCACUGUUGUCGCUUUUCUCACUUUUGUCACAGUUCUCACUGUUGUCAUGGUUGUCACUUUUGGCUCGGUCGUCACCGUUGUCACAGUUGUGACUGUUGUCACGGUUCUCACUGUUGUCACAGUUCUCACAGUUGACAGUGAUGUCAUGGUUGUCACCCUUGUUAAUGUCGUCACUGUUUUAACUGUUAUCGUUGUUGUCAUUGUUGUCACGGUUGUCACUGUUGUCAUGUUUGGCAUUUUUGUCCCAGUUGUCACUGUUGUUACUGUUGUCACUGUUGUCACUGUUACUGAUGUGACAGUUCUCACUUUUGUUACCAUUAUCAGUGUUGUCACCGUUUUCACUGUUGUCACUGUUAUCAUACUUGUCACUUUUGUUACGGUUGUCUGUGUUGUCAUUGUUGCCACCGUUUUCACUGUUGUCAUAGUUGUCACAGUUGUCGCACUUGUCACAGUUGUCACCGUUGUCACUGUUGUCACUGAUGUCAUGGUUGUCACUGUUGUCACGGUUCUUACUGUUGCCACAGUUGUCAUGGUUGUCAUUGUUGUCACAGGUGUUACCGUUGUCACUGUUGCCACAGUUGUCAUGGUUGUCAUUGUUGUCACAGUUGUCACCGUUGUCACCGUUGUCACUGUUGUCAUGGUUUUCACUGUUGUCACGGCUCUUACUGUUGUCAGGGUUGUCACUGUUAUCACAGGUGUCACCGUUGUCAGUGUUGUCAUGGUUGUCGGUCUAUUCACAGUUGUCAUGAUUGUCACAGUUGUCACCGUUGUCACCGUUGUCACUGUUGUCAUGGUUUUCACAGUUGUCACGGUUGUCACCGUUGUCACUGUUGUCACGGUUGUCACAGUUGUUACUAUUGUCACAGGUGUCACCGUUGUCAUGGUUGUCACUGUUGUCGCAGUUGUCACUUUUUCACAGUUGUCACUGUUGUCACGAUUCUUACUGGUGCCACAGUUGUCACGGUUGUCACUGUUGUCACAGGUGUCACUUUCGUCACUGUUGUCACUGUUGUCACGGUUGUCAAAGUUGUCACCGUUGUCACCGUUUUCACUGUUGUCUUGGUUGUCCCUGUUGUCACUGUUGUCACUGUUGUCACUGUUAUCAUACUUGUCACUUUUGUUACGGUUCUCUGUGUUGUCACUGUUGUUACCAUUUUCACUGUUGGAACUUUUGUCACAGUGGUCACUGUUGUCGCACUUGUCACAGUUGUCACCGUUGUCACUGUUGUCACUGAUGUUAUGGUUGUCACUGUUGUCACCGUUGUCGCUUUUGUCACAGUUUUCACUGUUGUCACUGUUGCCAUGUUUGUCACUGUUGUCACAGUUGUCACUGUUGUCACAGUUCCUACUGUCGCCACAGUUGUCACGGUUGUCACUGUUGUCACAGGUGUCACCGUUGUCACUGUUGUCAUGGUUGUCAUAGUUGUCACUGUUUUCACUGUUGUCACUCUUGUCGCUUUUCUCACUGUUGUCACAGUUCUCACUGUUGUCAUGGUUGUCACUUUUGGCUCGGUCGUCACCGUUGUCACAGUUGUUACAGUUGUGACUGUUUUCAUGGUUCUCACUGUUGUCACAGUUCUCACAGUUGACACUGAUGUCAUGGUUGUCACCUUUGUCAAUGUCGUCACUGUUUUAACCGUUAUUGUUGUUUUCAUAGCUGUCACGGUUGUCACUGUUGUCAUAUUUGUCACUGUUGUCACAGUUGUCACUGUUGUUACUGUUGUCACUGUUGUCACUUUUGUUACUGAUGUGACAGGUGUCACUUUCUUUACCAUUAUCAGUGUUGUGACCGUUGUCAUUGUUGCCACCGUUUUCACUGUUUUAUAGUUGUCACUGUUGUCGCACUUGCCACAGUUGUCACCGUUGUCACUGAUGUCAUGGUUGUCACUGUUGUCACUGUUGUCACGGUUCUUACUGUUGCCACAGUUGUCACGGUUGUCAUUGUUGUCACAGGUGUCACCGUUGUGACUGUUGUCAUGGUUGUCACUGUUGUCACAGUUGUCACUGUUGUCACGGUUGUUACAGUUGUCACUGCUGUCACUGUUGUCAUUGUUGUCACUGUUGUCACGGUUGUCACUGUUGUCACAGUUGUCACUGUUGUCACAGUUCUUACUGUUGCCACAGUUGUCACGGUUGUCAAGGUUGUCACCGCUGUCACCGUUGUCACUGUUGUCAUGGUUCUCACUGUUGUCACAGUUGUCACGGCUGUCACAGUUGUUACUGUAUUCACAGGCGUCACCGUUGUCACUGUUGUCAUGGUUGUCACUGUUAUUACAGUUGUCACUGUUGUCACAGUUGUCACUCUUGUCACCGUUGUUACUGUUGUCAUGGUUGUCACUGUUGUCACUGUUGUCACCGUUCUUACUGUUGCCACAGUUGUCACGGUUGUCACUGUUGUCACAGGUGUCACCGCUGUUACUGUUGUCAUGGUUGUCACUGUUAUCACAGUUGUCACUUUUGUCACCGUUGUCACCGUUGUCACCGUUGUCAAUGUUGUCAUGGUUCCCACUGUUGUCACGGUUGUCACAGUUGUCACUUUUGUGACAGGUGUCACCGUUGUCACUGCUGUCAUGGUUGUCACUGUUGUCACAGUUGUCACUGUUGUCACGGUUUGUACUGUUGCUACAGUUGUCACGGUUGUCACUGUUGUCACAGGUGUCACCGUUGUCACUGUUGUCAUGGUUGUCAGUGUUGUCACUGUAGUCACGAUUGUCACCGUUGUCACAGUUGUCACCAUUGUCACCGUUGUGACUGUUGUCAUAGUUGUUACUAUUGUCACGGUGGUCACUGUUGUCACAGUUGUCACUAUUGUCACCGUUGUCACAGUUGUCACUGUUGUCACAGGUGUCACCGUUGUCACUGUUGUCAUGGUUGUCACUGUUGUCACUGUUGUCACGGUUGUCACAGUUUUCACGGUUCUUACUGUUGCAACAGUUGUCACUGUUGUCACAGGUGUCACCGUUGUCACUGUUGUCAUG